AAGAUGAAGAGGGGUAUCUGAUGGUUUUACGGAAUAUAAAGCAAUAUUGUCUGACAUGACGGCAAAAAAUGUUGGUGUGACUUCCACAAAUGGAGACUUGAAAGGAUUCAUAGAUCAGAACCAGAGUCCAACAAAAGGUAAUAUUUCAAUAAUCACAUUACCAGUUUCCAGCACCAACUCCCCAACUAAGAUUUUGCCAAAAACCUUAGGACCAAUCAAUGUGAAUGUUGGACCCCAAAUGAUCAUAAGCACAUCACAAAGACUGACCAAUUCAGGGAGUGUUCUGAUUGGGAGUCCAUAUAACCCAGCUCCAACAAUGGUCACCCAGACACACAUAACAGAAGCUUCUGGCUGGGUCCCGGGGGACAGAAAGCGGACUCGAGAAUUCAUAGAAUCAGAUUUUUCAGAAAGUAAGAGAAGCAAAAAAGGAGAUAAAAAUGGGAAGGGUCUGAGGCAUUUUUCAAUGAAAGUAUGUGAAAAAGUUCAACGUAAAGGAACAACUUCAUACAAUGAAGUUGCUGAUGAGCUGGUAUCAGAAUUCACAAAUUCUAACAGCCACCUAGCUACAGAUUCGCAGGCUUAUGAUCAGAAAAAUAUUAGACGGAGAGUUUACGAUGCCCUUAAUGUCCUGAUGGCAAUGAACAUAAUUUCAAAGGAGAAGAAGGAAAUCAGAUGGAUUGGCCUUCCUACAAACUCAGCUCAGGAAUGUCAGAAUCUAGAGAUAGAAAAACAGAAGCGGAUUGAAAGGAUAAAACAGAAGCGAGCCCAACUACAAGAACUGCUGCUGCAGCAAAUAGCAUUCAAAAACUUGGUACAAAGAAAUCAGCAAAAUGAACAACAAAAUCAAGGCCCUCCAGCUUUGAACUCAACAAUACAGCUGCCUUUCUUAAUAGUCAACACUAGCAAAAGAACAGUUAUAGACUGCAGCAUAUCAAGCGAUAAAUUUGAAUACCUCUUUAAUUUCGAUAACACUUUUGAGAUUCAUGAUGACAGUGAGGUGCUGAAGAGAAUGGGAAUGUCCUUUGGGCUUGAGGCAGGCAAAUGCUCAGCUGAGGACCUAAGAACUGCAAAAUCCCUGGUGCCAAAAGCUUUAGAAGGCUACAUCACAGAUAUGUCUGCAGGAUUUUCAUGGAUAAACCAAGGGUUACUUUCAAGUUCAGCACAAGCAGUUUCACAUUUAGAGGUAGCAGGAGGUACUUCUGAUGCUAAAUCAAGUGAGAAUCCAGGGUUGUGUUUGGAUGCUGAAGUGGCCUUAGCAACUGGGCAGUUUCUUGCCCCUAGCAGUCAACAGUCCAGCAGUGCAACAUCACGCCACUCUGAAUCACGGGGAGAAACUCCAUGCUCAUUCAAUGAUGAAGAUGAAGAGGAUGAAGAUGAGGAUUCUUCCUCCCCAGAAUAAGGACAGUAGAACACAGAAUAUACAAAAUGCUGCUCAUAAAUAUUCUUAAUGGGAGCUCCUGCUUGGAUUUUACUUAAAAGUUUCUUGCCUUGGUUUGCACUGUGUUCAGUGAAGCAAAAUGGAAGCUUCAAACAAAUUCAUCCACAGCUGAAAUUGAAAACUUUUUGUAACUGAACACGGAGUGACACACAGACACAGAGAAAUUUGUUUUUUAUCAACUAUAACCAAGGAAAAGAACAAAGUCCCUGGAGAUUUGGCGAAGUAAACAUUGAGUUCAUGUUUUCCGUUUUGGGACAUUGUGUCUCAAGUCUCUGUCUUCCCCAUAUCUUUACCAGAUGGAGAAGAAAACAGAGUCAGUCAACAAACACCAAUUCGUGCAUUGUCUUUUGGCUGUGCUACCUUUAGAAAAAGGGGGAAGAGAGAGCAUGCGCAAAUGCGCUAAA